CAUCUCUUACAGAGGAUGACAGAGGAUGAUUUGCAUGUUGGAAAGAUCACAGACCUCAGCUGUAGAGUUGUGUGCGACGGGGAGACCAAUCGGGAGGGAUGGAGGACUGCCAUUUGGUCCACACUGACACACAAGGAAACUCCACUUGCCAAUGCUGCAUUCUGGGCAGCAAGGAGAGGAAAUUUGGCCCUGCUGAAGCUGCUGCUAAACAGUGGACGCGUGGAUGUGGACUGCAGAGACAGUCAUGGCACCACACUCCUCAUGGUCGCCUCCUAUGCUGGCCACAUGGACUGUGUGAGGGAGCUGGUUCUGCAGGGAGCAGACAUCAACCUCCAAAGAGAGUCAGGUACAACUGCCCUGUUCUUUGCUGCCCAGCAAGGUCAUAAUGAAGUUGUGAGAUUUCUCUUUGGAUUCGGAGCAUCCACUGAAUGUAGGACCAAAGAUGGGGGCACUGCCCUGUUGGCUGCCAGUCAGUAUGGGCACAGGCAGGUGGUGGAGACCUUGCUGAAGCAUGGAGCCAACAUCCAUGACCAACUUUACGAUGGAGCCACUGCCCUCUUCCUAGCCGCCCAAGGAGGUUACUUGGAUGUCAUACGAUUACUGCUGUCCUCAGGAGCAAAAGUCAACCAACCAAGGCAGGAUGGGACCGCACCCCUGUGGAUCGCUUCCCAGAUGGGCCACAGCGAGGUGGUGCGCGUGAUGCUGCUGCGCGGAGCCGACCGCGACUCCACACGCAACGAUGGUACUACAGCAUUGCUGAAAGCAGCCAACAAGGGGUAUAAUGAUGUUAUAGAAGAGUUGCUUAAAUUCUCACCCACUCUUGGUCUUUUGAAGAACGGCACAACGGCUCUCCACGCGGCGGUGCUAAGCGGGAAUAUUAAAACAGUUGCCCUGCUCCUGGAAGCAGGGGCGGACCCAGCCCUGAGAAACAAGGCCAAUCAACUUCCGGCAGAACUAACCAAGAAUGAACGUAUGCUGCGUCUCCUCCUAAGUAAGGAAAGUGACGGGAAGAACUAACUUAGUCCCACAUUUGACAGAAAGAGAGAAACCUUAUCCACAUUUUCAAAAGAGAAAUUGCUUGCAAACAAGGAUGGAAAUGCUUUUACAAACAAACAUGCCCUGAAAGCCCGCCCUGUGGGUCCCUGGGCUUUGUGCACCAGCUGGACAAGAGAAGCCCAGGGGCCCCUUUCCUCAGGUAGGGGGACCUCUCACACUGCCCUGGCACUCAGCUCCGGGCCUGGCAUAGGCACAGGUCCCACAGAGACUCAUUGGCGACAGUGCUAGCCUGAGUCUCCAGUUAAACUUGAAGUUAGAUAGUUUCCUGUAACAAGCAAGAAGACAGAAAGCUUUGCUCCUCUAAAAGAUGGAAAGACUGAUCUUCAACGAAUGGAUGUGCUCUUACUUACUCAUUAAAUGUAGGAGUGCUAAAGAAUAUAGAUUCAUCCUAGUUUGCAGAUAUAUGUAUGUCAUUCCAGUAUAAAAUGUUUUCUUCCACCUAAAGACCAUGACCAUGGUUAGUGGGAAUCAAUAGUGCUCAGUAUGCAUUCUUGGAAAACAACUUCCAACAUUCCACCACAUAACAUUCAAAGAUGGACUAGUGCACUACAGAAAAGACAAACGCUAUGUUUGUUUGUUAAUCCUCACCUCAUUCCCGACAUGUAAAAAUUACUUUUGUCGCGAGCCGGAUUGCCUUGGGCCACUCGGUCUGCGACUACAGGGUGCC